GUCGUACUUAGAAAAAAGGGGCAUAAGAAAUUUCUUCGUAAUUGCCAUAUGGAAAAAUUUCAGAUAAACUAAACUUCUUCUCCUAUUAAAUUCGAUUCAUUUAGCUAUAGCCAGUUAUACUAAUAGCCACACACAUUCAGUAAUGGCGCCAACUAGCGAAACCGAUGAUGAAAACUCCUCCACCGGAGAUUUCCUUCCCACUCUUCCAUUCGAGAUUGUGGCGGAAAUUCUCUCCAGGCUUCCAGUCAAGUUUCUCAUGCAACUCCAAUCCGUCUGUAAGUCCUGGAAAUCUCUUAUCUCCGAUUCAAAAUUCGCUAAGAAUCACCUUCGCUUGUCAACCACGCUCCACCGUCUUAUCUUAACCUUCAUCAAUACCUCACGCAAGCUCUCCAUCACAGAUUACCCUCUCUCCACCGUCUUUACCGAUGUAACUGCCACUGCCACACAGCUGAAUUACCCUCUCAACGAUCGAAACCGUUUUGAUGUUAUCGUUGGUUCUUGCCAUGGCAUCCUCUGUUUCGCACUCGAUGAAUGUUUCGCUCUUUUGCGGAACCCUUCAAUUAGGAAAUUUACUCAAUUGCCCUCUUUGGAUAUUCCUAAACGAGAGGGGAGUUACACAAUAUAUGGUUUUGGUUAUGAUCAUUUCAAUGAUACUUACAAGGUUGUUGCUGUUAAUUGCUUUGAAUCUGACACUGACAGCAAUGGUAGUAAGGUUUACAAAACUGAAGUUAAGGUCUAUACUUUGGGCACCGAUUAUUGGAGAAGGAUUCAGGAUUUUCCUUCCGGUGUUCCUUUUGAUAAUUCGGGAACAUUUGUUAGUGGAACUAUUAAUUGGUUGGCUGCUAAAGAUCCAUAUACUUCAUGGAUCAUUGUUUCUCUUGAUUUGGAGGAGGAAACUUAUCAAUACCUGUUGCAGCCAGAUUAUGGAGCGGUAACUGUGAAUAGUGUAACCUUAGGGGUGUUGAGGGAUUGCUUGUGUAUUCUUGCUCAUAGUGAUACGUUUUCAGACGUUUGGCUUAUGAAGGAAUAUGGAAAUAACGAUUCUUGGACUAAAUUGUUCCGAGUUCCUUACAUGGGAGAUGUUGGGUCAUGUCCUUAUACCAAGGCACUUUAUCUUACUGAGGAUGACCAAGUGUUGCUCAAGUAUCAAGCUGAGUUGGUUGUUUACAAUUCUAGAGAUGCAUGUAAUAAUGUAGAUACUAUGUUACGUCACUUGUGCAUGAGGUUUAUGAAGGUUUAUGGAUUAUUUUUUGUUAUUAGUCGAUGGAAUAUGUUUAAUGAGAAAUUGUUGUGCUAGGUUUAAUACUUUAAUUUAGUCAAUAGUUAGAGUUUUUUGCUUGUUCUUUAAUUGUG